AUGCCAACUCUGUUUGAGGGCGGCCUAGAUCCGUUUGUUGCGGAUAGUUUCAUAGAUAGGGUGGAGAAGCAUAUUAAUGCCAUGAACUUGGCAACGGACAAGUUGAAGAUCAUAUUGGCGACUUACAAUUUUAUUGGUGAUACUGAGAUAUGGUGGAAGAUCGUUUUACACACGCACGAUUUGGAUACUAUGACAUAUGAUAGUUUCAAGAAGUUAUACUAUGAGAAGUACUUUCUAGCGCUUAAGCGGAGGGAACUAAAUAAGGAGUUUGAUAGGUUGAAGCAAGGAAACAUGACAGUUACAGAGUAUGAAAACAAGUUUACAUCGCUUUUGAGGUUUGCACCGGGGAUUGCUAAUGAUGAAGAAGGAAAAAUAGAGAAAUUUAUUGAUGGCCUUGAUCUUACUAUUAGGCCAAUUAUAGCUGUUUUAGAACCGACAGAGUAUGCAAAAGUAGUGCGAAAGGCCUUAGUGGUUGAGGCUGAGAGCAAGGACAGCAGGCUAUCAGGGAGUCCUACAAGCACAACAAGGGUAUGA